CAAAAUAUUAUCGAUUGAAAUAAUCGAUAAAUAGGCGUCGUCUGCUACGUAGGGGUUGUCAAGAAAAACAUCAUGGCCUCAGUAGCAGUUUCUAAAGAUUCUCUCGAAUCGGACUCUGACAUUCAUAUUACAUUAGAAGACCAACAGAAAAUCAACCGGUUUGCACGACACAAUGCAAAAUGGGAGGAGCUCAGGGAUGAUCUGAAAAAUAAAAAGGGAGAUCUUCAAAACUUGGAGGAUGCUUCAGAUGAUUUACUCUUGGUUGAUGAUGAAUCAGCUCUGAUUCCUUUCGUUGUAGGUGAAGUGUUUGUUCAUUUCAACAUGGAAGAGGCAAAGGAGAAACUUGAAGAAGCAAAAGACAAAGUGAAAAAAGAUAUUGAAGCCAUCGAAGCUGAAUGCACAAACAUCAAGACUUUGAUGAGCGAUCUGAAGACGCAAUUGUACGCCAAAUUCGGUAAUUCUAUCAACCUAGAAGCCGAAGAGGAAUAAAGAAAACGUCCAAAAUGCUUUCUCCACUAUAAUAAUGAAGAACAAUACAAAAAAGAAAAAAAAAAGUCUUUGAUAGCACUGACAGAAACAAAUUGUCUCUCAAGCCACAAAGAGAAAAGUAAACAACAAAGCUAAAGAAAGUAUUUUUAGCUAGUGUCCCUACUAAAAAUAUCUGCGAAGAAAAUGUAACGCUUGACUUGCACCUCCGCAACGACGCCUCUGCAUCUGGCUACCACUCGGUACCUCUUUAGUUUCGUAGAGGCCAUUCACCGGACGGUUUUCCAGCCUUUCUCUCUCAGUCUCGAGCCCCACGACCUCGUAAAAUAAUCGAUUGUUAUUGCUUAUGUAUUCGUCCGUGUUAACCUCAUUUGGACACGACCUGCAGAGAGGACUAUCGUUGAUACUACCCAAUAGGUUCAGAAGAAUACCAAUCGGAAAUUGUCACUUGACUGACCCAGUGACUUAGUUUUCUCGGCUGUCCAUCACAUGGCCGGUUUUUCAUCAUCCGUAUCGUGCACGUUCAUAAAGUCCUCCCUUCCCGUUAUUGUGCUCAUUACAUCCGUUCGACGGUGGGUUUGCGAAGCUUGUCACGUCAUGACCGUGCCGCCGCUCACUUUUCCCCUGGUCGAGAGGAAAACCCGCAUCGUCCCCCCUCCGGCUGCAGAUGGUAGACACGAAGUUUUAAAAGCAAACAAACAAAAGAAACGAAUGAAUCUACAGGACAGGACGGAAUAUUCCUCUGCUUCUAAAAGCAAUUGAAGAAAAAAGAAUGAGAAGGAAAAUUUUUUAACUAGGCCAAGGAUCGCUGGUACACGUUGUUAUAAGCUAUUUUCAACUUGGGAAUCAUGAGAAACUUUUAGGGUACCUUCACGUUAUUUCAAAAAGGGGGGGGGGGGAACGACGAUGCGUAUGGCACUUUUGCGUUCACUUUCUUUCUUCUAGAGUUAAAAAGAAGAAGAGCCCCCAGAUGCCUUUAUUGCUUUGUUUUCCGAGCUGCGACGUACACAACAGGCAGGAAAAGGUGUGGAUACUCUACACCAUAUCUCUCAUCUUUCUGUCAUCAUCUCCAAGGCUAAGUGAAUUGUUUUUAAUUUCAGAGAAAUAGCACACCACUUGGCCGAUUUAUAUUUCCAUCACACAAUCGAGGCUGCUGGGUAUUUUUCCAAGAGGGAGUAUGAUUGGUGUUGUGUAAGUUUCUUGUGUGUCAAAGGACUUAAAAAAAAGAAAUAACAAGGUGGCAACGCUUGACACCGAUACGUGCUGGCCAUGACUUGCCUACUAUCAUGUACGUCCGAGCGGUUGUUGGCUUCAAACAAAAACAAGGACACGUGUUGCCAGUAAAACGAAACUUGUAUAUUUGGUUAUUUGUAUUUUCUUUUUUGUUUAAUCAAUUUUUGUUUACAGUUUUUAUUGUAGAAGGAAAAC